GCAACAGCACGGCAGGAGAAGAGGCGUCUUCUAGAUGCGCAGCGUGGGAAGUGCCGUGUGCGGCUGGGCUCCCACCUUGAUGAGUGGUGUGCACUAAAGGAUCAUUUGGGUUUUGCACAGCAUGCACAGUUGGCAAAAUUCCUUCUGGACAGCUAUAUAUCAACUACCAGUCCUGGGACAUCUGUUCCAAAAGCGAUCGUACUCCUUUCUGUAUCUCUCUCAUCACUGAAACGUCUGGCUUUCCUGUGUCACCAACAUGGCAGAGACUGUCAAACUCCUCCCACCAUCUUGUCACCAUCACAUUCUGGCGAGGCCCCGGAGAUGCCAGUAUUACUGUGGGGUUGCAAAGAGCACCAGUUUUAUUGGAAUCCACGUGAUGGUAUCCAAGAGAAGGAAGCCAGUUUAGCUGAUGGCAAAAAGAACCUGAAC